AUGGCGUCCAACUCGGCAUGCAUCGAGCGCAUCAAAGCGACCGCAUUACGCGACAACAUCGACCUAUCCGUUCUUCCGUUCCUCGAGGAUGCCUUAUUCGACAUAUCUACUCUAUCCAGCAAUCGCAGCAAAUCGCAACUGCCCUCAUUCAAGAAUGCGACCCGGAUCGAUACCCACACUCACCCCGUCCCAUCUUGGUUCCGUAGUCUCCAGCCUCUUUCUGCGGGUCGCGAAACACCAUCCUGGGAUCCACUUUCUCAUCUACAUUUCAUGGAGGAGCACAGCAUAGCGCAUUCCAUCCUUUGUGUGUCGACCCCGCAAGCGAACGCUUUCCCUGAUGACAACGCAAAAACCGUUGCACUGGCAAGAUUGCUGAAUGAGUUCUCCGCUGAGCUGGUGAGGGUAUAUUCGGAGCGCUUCAGCUGGAUGGCCGUCACCCCGCUUCCGUAUGUGGAAGAUGCUGUAAUGGAAGUGCGGUACGCGCUUGAGGAGCUGCGAGCCGUGGGUGUGGGCGUCUUGACGAACCAUGAAGGGUUGUAUCCUGGGGAAGACAGUUUCGACCCACUUUGGACGUAUCUACAGAAGCGUGCAGAAAAGGGAGACGGGCGAGAGAUUGUGUUUAUUCAUCCGCACGAUCCUGUGAUAAGGUUGGAGGACGGAAGGCUUGUCAGCUCAAAACCUUCACCUCUGCGCUCUGGCCUCGGCGAGUUCUACUUCGAGACUGCGCGAGCAAUCUCGAGCAUAACGGCAAAUCGCACCAUCAUCAAGUUUCCCAACCUUCACUGGCGCGUAUCACACGGAGCAGGUGCAUUUCCAGAUAUAUCCGAUCGCUUCCUUCUCGGGUUUCCAAAGGACGCAGAACAAGCGCGCAAGAUCUAUACGACGCGCUUCUGGUAUGACAGCGCGGGUCCCGUAUACCCCAGGCAAAUCAAAGGCUUGCUUGCGCACGAUAUACCUAUCUCACAGAUGGUAUUUGGGACAGACUAUCCGUACGGCAUUGGCUUCUGGGAUGUCAAUGCGAACAUCAAUGGUCUCGCGGAAGCCGACUUUCUUUCAGCUGAGGAAAGGAACGAUGUAUUCUCGGAGAACACAAAAUCGCUGUGGAAAGGGAAGAUCGGCUUCCCAUAA